AAAUUAAUAGUGAAAAUUGAGGCCAUUUCAAAAUGGACUCUAGAAAUACACGUGCUGCUAACGACGUCGUCUCGUCACAAAUGAGUUUAGGGACAUAGGACUUUGCGGCCGUCUCCUCUCCGACUUCCUCUCUCUCCAAUCCAACCAAGUUCUUCUUCCUUCCUUUAUCAAAAUAAAACUAAUAUUUCCCUUUCCCACCAUUUUUUCUCCCGAGAAAAUAAAAUUACUUAUUUUCCCUAGAAAAUAAAAUAUAUAUAAUCGACGUUGUCUAUCGGCCUAUGUAGCUCCAAACAUGGCAAAGCCUCAAUAACAAUCUACAGAAAUAAGAAAAGAAAGAAACCCCCUUUGAAUCUUUAUCAUCUUUGAUUUUUAUAUUUCUAGGGUUUUUUAUUCUCAACAUAUCUUCUUAUAAUAGUUAUAGUAAUGUCCUCGCAAGUGCAGUCGGGGAUGGACCCUGCCGUCCUCGACGAUAUAAUCAAACGGCUAACGGAGGUUCGAUCAGCUAGACCCGGUAAGCAGGUUCAACUUUCCGAGUCCGAAAUCAAGCAACUUUCUGUUGCAUCUAGAGAAAUUUUCCUCCGCCAGCCUAAUUUGCUUGAGCUUGAAGCCCCUAUCAAAAUUUGCGGUGACAUCCAUGGUCAGUACAGUGAUCUGCUAAGGCUUUUUGAGUAUGGCGGUUUUCCUCCAAAUGCCAAUUAUCUAUUUCUAGGUGACUAUGUUGAUCGUGGCAAGCAGAGUUUGGAAACAAUAUGCCUUUUGCUUGCUUUUAAGAUUAAGUAUCCAGAGAACUUUUUUCUUCUUAGAGGAAACCAUGAGUGUGCUUCUAUUAAUCGGAUAUAUGGAUUUUAUGAUGAGUGUAAGCGUCGAUUUAAUGUGAGACUCUGGAAGGCGUUCACUGACUGUUUCAACUGUCUUCCAGUGGCAGCUCUUAUUGACGACAAGAUAUUAUGCAUGCAUGGGGGUCUGUCCCCUGAUUUGACACAUUUAGAUCAGAUAAGGAGCUUAACUCGACCAACUGCUAUUCCUGACACUGGCUUGCUUUGUGACUUGCUUUGGUCGGAUCCCGGUAGAGAUGUUAAGGGAUGGGGAAUGAAUGACAGAGGAGUCUCAUACACCUUUGGUUCAGAUAAGGUGGGAGAAUUCUUACAGCAGCAUGAUUUGGACCUUGUCUGUCGUGCUCAUCAGGUUGUGGAGGAUGGGUAUGAAUUUUUUGCUGACAGGCAACUUGUAACAAUAUUUUCAGCCCCAAACUACUGUGGUGAAUUUGACAAUGCUGGUGCAAUGAUGAUUGUUGAUGAAAACUUAAUGUGCUCUUUCCAGAUUCUUAAGCCUGCAGAGAAGAAAGCUAAGUUCUUGAUGUGAACAAAGAUGUAAAUUGAGCUCAAAGUUGCUCCAAGACAGAUGAUUAUUAGUCCCCUUAAUCUCUUUGAUUGAAAAAAGGUGUAAUGUCUUUUGUUAGCAUGUUAGUUUAGUAUAUCCUUACAUAUUUAUUAAUUUUCUUCUUCAAGCAGGCACAUUUCAAAUGUUUCUUGGAGAAAGUGGAUGGUAAGAAAGGUGACCAGAGCUUCAAUGUCUGUUAUAUACUCUUGAGGAAAUCAAGUUUAUACUUUAGGUCUUACAACUUUGGUCUGGACUAUUUGUACUCGUUUAAGGAGUCAGCAGAAACACAGAGGGGAUAAUCUUCUGCUGUUUUUUUUUCUUUUUUUUUUACCUCUACUUCACAGUUAUUUUGCUACAGAUGUGUAGAUAUUUCUCAAAAAAAUUCAUAGUUAUUCCAGUGUCAAUUGUUAGCCAAGAAAA